CCCAAUAACUUCUCUGCUGUGUUCGGUCGCUCCUUCGUGUUUGUGUGUUUUUGUGCUAAGGUUUUUCCUUGUCAGUUUUACAAGUUUCGAAAAGUCAACCCGAAUAUAAUUGCAUAAUUAAGGAAUUUUUCAAAUAUAUCACAGAGUGCUGCGUGUGCGAAAAAACGUCCAACGCAGAACAUACAAAAAUAUAUAAAUUAUUGCCAGAAGAACAGACUGCUGAAUCAUCCGUAAUAUCUGUGUACAUAUAUACACCGCACAUCAGAAACGAAAAGUAUAUUAAAAUCAGUUUUCGUAGCGUAGCCUUCACGAACCCCACGCCGUCCACGUCAUCAACAAAAAAGAAAUAAAAAUUCACAUUUUUUAAGCAAUUUUAAGAGGGAAAGAAAUUAUAAACUAUAAACGAACGAGUACUAACUGUAAACAACUAACAGGAAAGAGGAGAGACGAAAAGAGAACGCCCGAAGAUGUCGAAAAAUAACGGAAAGUCCGAAAAAGCCGAAUAUGAAUUCUAUCAGCCCGCAAAGAAGCAGACGUUCAGACAAAUGGUCUACGAUUCCCAGGAGGGAACCUACUUCGGGCGAACCAUCAAAAGUUGGGGACAACUGAUGCUGUUCUAUGGCAUCUUCUACAUCGUUUUGGCCACCUUGUUCUCCAUCUGCAUGCAGGGUCUGUUGUCUACGAUCAGCAGCAAAGAGCCCAAGUGGCAGCUGAAGGACUCCCUGAUAGGCACCAAUCCCGGCCUGGGCUUCCGUCCGUUGAGCGAACAAACCGAGCGCGGAUCGGUCAUCGAGUUCGAUGGCAAGAAGCCAGCCGAAAGUGACUACUGGAUUGAGUUGAUUGAUGAAUUCUUGAUAGACUACAAUCACACCGAGGGUCGGGAGAUGAAGCAUUGCGGCUUUGGACAGACCCACAAUCCCAUCGACGUUUGCGUAGUGAAUACGGAACUGUUUGGCGCCUGCUCGAAGGCCAACAACUAUGGCUACAAGUCCAACGAGCCCUGCAUAUUCCUCAAGCUGAACAAGAUCUUUGGCUGGGUGCCCGAAGUGUACGAGGCUCCCGAGAAGGGCAUGCCCGAGGAUCUGACCAGGCUCAUUACCAACACGAGUCAAGAGGAGCGGAAACAAAUCUGGGUCAGCUGCAAUGGACAUCUGGGCAAGGACAAGGAGAACUUCCAGAACAUCAGCUACUAUCCCAGCCAGGGAUUCCCCAGCUUCUACUAUCCCUACCUCAAUCAGCCGGGCUAUCUGAGUCCCCUGGUCGCCGUGCAGUUCCACUCGCCGCCCAAGGGCCAGAUGCUGGACGUGGAGUGCCGUGCCUGGGCCAAGAACGUCAUCUACAGCGGCAGUGCCCGCGAUCGCAUGGGUUCGGUGACCUUCCAGAUUGUCGUGGAGUAAGCGCCGGUCCGAUCGUCUGAAACUGUCGCCAACUUGUGAUCGCAACCACAAACACUAGCCAUAUGCAUGGGGCGAGGAUAUGGCAUUCGCAUCUACCACCAUUCAACCACCUACCAUUCUACCUAACUACAAGAGAUACACACAGAAACACACACCCACACAGAAGAUAGAAGAUACAUACAUAUAUAGAAGAUAUGCAUAUGGAGAGAAGAGAGAGUAUUGUAUAUAUUUAUAUGAAGAAAAGAAAGAGUAAUCCGAGCGUCAAUUCAAAACAGAAAUUGUGGCUCACCGGCACUCGGCCCAAAACGAAUGGGAACGGAAAUAGAUGUGGAAAUGCAUAAAUGAAAAUCUUUAAAUGAAAAGUUCAAAUCGUACACACACGCAAUUGUUGUUAUAGCUUGUCGGCUUGUCUACUGCUAUAGUGUUAUUAUUAUUAAUAUUUAUCUAUUAUUUUUAUUAUGAAUUCUUGUAAUUACGAUCAUUACCUUCUGUCAGUUGUAUUUAGUUUGUAUUUAUAAAUGUUAUACCAUGCCCAAGAACUACUCGAUUCUCGUUUGUUUUCUCCUCCUCCUCCACCCCCACCUCUUUGCCCGUUGCUCCACCGCCCCACCCCGUUGAAUUCUGUACAAAGAAGUAACUAAAUAAAUUGUAAUUGUUAAAUCUUA